AUGAUGGAAGAUCCCGAACAAGAUCUUUCCAUGGAGGACGUGGAAAGCACCGGCCCAUCACAUGAAGCACCUGACGGUUCGCAGUCUCCGCCCACUUUGAAUGCCUACACUGCGACUCACCCUCCCACAGACGUUAGUGGCCAUAGUUUGAAUGACUCGGGACCUUCAACACCAACGCACGAGGGCAUCCCAAGCGCUCCCGAAGUUGCAGACAUCGAGGACACAGCAAACGAGAUCUUUCAACCAUACGAUAUUGAAGAACCCGACGAUAUACCAGGUUCCAUCACUACACGGACCGAACUACCGUGUUUACCAGACCCAUUCGAACGAUGGCAGCGUGACUUGACGGAGUGGAUGGACGACAUGGGCCGCUCUUCCGACAUCAAUCCGACAGUCAAGUUACCUCCAAAUCAGGGAAGAGGCCAAAAGCGCAAAUCGCCCAUCUUUGGCGGAUCCGGGCAUGUCAAAAGCCCGCCUUCUUGUACCAAAGCGAAAUCCAUGCUCGAUGAGCAACAAAUUCCUGUACCGGGACUCAGUCCGAAACGACGACGGAAAAGGCAUAAGUUAUCGGCUGAUGCUGCCAAAACCCGCAUGGCCUCUCUCGACGAUUUCCGCGAGACUGGCUCCACCGACAGUUCGAGCUCCGAUCUACACUCGACCGAUGGAUACAGUACCGACGUACCCAACGAGCCUACCCUGACCGACGAGAUGGAUAUUGAUUGA